UAGUAAUUGCUGUUACAACAACAAGUGGCAUUGGUUAUUGAUUUGCUUCAGCAUCAUUCCCUAAUCUAAAAACAUGCUAAGAAUAUCAUCCUUAAGCUGGUUUUUGAUAAUGGGAAUAUUUGAUAAAUGUCUAACCGAUAAUGCUGGCGUAACCUUUACGUUUAAAGAAUAUCAGUAUAAGGAUUCGCCUAAAAAUGAAAUGACCUUUCACGAAUUCGAAUCAGCCUGUGAACAAAGCAGCGCGUGCAGCCAAUUAAGUGGAUUAACACGAACACGAUGUGUGCGAGAAUGUGUGUCCCCAUCUUGUUACAGAGAGCUAUAUGUAUCGGACCCGCUCGAAGAAGGUGAAAUAGACGUCAGAUUGAAUUCUUUCAAAGGUUGCUUUAUUCAAAGAAGUGGUCGGACAAGAAAUUGAUUUCCCUCGAGUGUGAUAUCGUCAUUUAUUUUCUGCAUUAAAAAGAUACAUAAAAUACGCAAAAAACUUACGUUUUUGACGCUUCUACUGACAACAACAGCAUUCAGCGAAAAUGGAAUUAUUAAAGUUAUAUUGACAAGAUAUCAUCAAAAACCUUUGUUUUAA